AUGGAGUCCAGCCACGUUCCCCAGAUGAAGCUCGUUUUCGGAGGUGAUCUCGUUUCAGGACGAACCAUGAGUGGGUCCAAAUGGUCACUUGUGAUUUGCGCCGUCAUUUUGGCCGCGUGGAGGCCGGCGGCCGCCGGUACGCUGACAGACUUGGAGUUUGAGCGGAGUCCCGCCGCUGUCAUCUCUUCGCUGGGCAAACCUGUCACGAUGCACUGCGCCCUGAAGGGCACGGGGGGCGAGGAAGAGGACCCCCCCGAUGUGCUCUGGCUGAGAGAUGGCGCGCCACUUCAGUACGCAGACACCAACCAGUUCCAGGUUCAUACCGGCAGCAACAGCUGGACGAUCAUGAGCACGCUGAGUAUUGAGAAGGUCCAGCUUCCCGACAUGGGCGCCUAUCGAUGUGCUGUUCUAUCGGAGAGCCACCGGAUUUUGUCUGAGGAGGGCAGCAUUCAGCUGGAGGGCCUUCCUCAUUUCUCCGUGGAGCCCCAGCACAUGUCUGUAGUGGCCAACGUAUCCCUGAGCCUGAGCUGUGUGGCCCACGGACCUCCAGAGCCAGUCCGGGUCAUCUGGCUGCAGGACGGUGCUCCUCUCAACUCCCUGGCGGACCCGGUGGCCCUGUCACCCUCCACACUCAACCUCACAGGUUUGAACAGGACCAGCACCUUCUCUUGUGAAGCUCAUAACCGCAAAGGUGUGGCCACGUCCGGAUCUGGUACCAUCACGGUUCUCCCAUCACAGCCUCGGAAUCUGAGAGCUGUGGAGAUCACUCAGACCAGUCUCCAUUUAGCGUGGGAGCCUGGUUUUGGAGGCAACUACCCCAUCAUCCGUUGCUCUGUUCAGGCCAAACACGCCGGAGAGUCCUUCACAGCAGGCCCAGAUAAGAUUAUCCACAACCAGAAUGUGAACAUCCCACCAGCCACCCACCUCAUCGGGGACCUGGAGCCCCACAGCCUCUAUACUGUCAGAGUGGCCUGUCACAGCAGUCAGGGCCCGUCUGACUGGUCGCCCUGGGUGGAGCUGCGCACCAAAGAAGGAGUGCCAGAACACCCACCUGUUAACGUGACCGCGGUGCUAAAUGGAACGAAGGUGCUGAUGGAGUGGGAGGGGCCCCCGGGGAAGCUGAACGGAGAACUGCAGGGCUACAUGGUGGAGUACAGCACGCCUGCCUCCCAGCAGUUGAUUGUGGAUACCGGAUUGGACACUGAGCUCUCGAUCAAUGUGUCUGUCCCUUUGUCCAAUGUGUCCUUUCGAGUGUGUGCCUAUACAGGGGGGGGGCAAGGACCGUGGACCCCCACACAGACUCUGACGCCUAUUUCUCCUGAAACGGGAGAAUUUAGAGGUCCGUCGUCGCCCCCGGCCUUUUCCUGGCACUGGUGGUACGUGGUGAUGGCCAUUGCCGGCGCCGUGUCCAUAGCCGUGCUCAUGGCUGUUUACGUGGCCAAGCUGCGGCGCAAGGAGACGCGCUUUGGAGAGGCGUUCGAACCCAUGAUGGAGAGCGGAGAGCUGGUGGUCAGGUACCGGGCUCGCCGCACCUACAGCCGCAGGACUACAGAAGCAACAUUGAACAGCCUGGGCAUCAGCGAUGAGCUGAAGCAGAAACUCCAAGACGUCAUGGUGGACAGACAUAAACUAACCCUGGGGAAGACCCUGGGAGAAGGGGAGUUUGGCUCGGUGAUGGAAGGGCUGCUGACUCAGGAGGAGUCUGUUCUCAAAGUUGCUGUCAAGACUAUGAAGAUUGCCAUCUGUACCCGUUCAGAGAUGGAAGAUUUUCUCCGGGAGGCUGCCUGCAUGAAGGAGUUUGACCACCCCAACGUAAUGAGGCUUCUAGGUGUGUGUCUGCAGACUGUGGAGAGUGAAGGUUACCCCUCCCCCGUGGUCAUCCUGCCCUACAUGAAACACGGAGACCUGCACAGCUAUCUGCUAUACUCAAGGCUAGGAGACUGUCCUGUGUACCUCCCGUCUCAAAUGCUGGUGAAGUUUAUGACUGAUAUUGCCCGAGGGAUGGAGUACCUCAGCAGCAAGAACUUCAUCCACAGGGACCUCGCUGCUCGCAACUGCAUGCUUAAUGAGAAUAUGAAUGUGUGUGUGGCCGACUUCGGCCUCUCCAAGAAGAUCUACAACGGAGACUACUACAGGCAGGGGCGGAUCUCAAAGAUGCCUGUCAAAUGGAUCGCCAUCGAAAGCUUGGCUGACCGUGUCUACACCACCAAGAGUGACGUGUGGUCGUUUGGAGUCACCAUGUGGGAGAUCGCCACGCGUGGCCAGACGCCGUACCCCGGGGUCGAAAACAGCGAGAUUUAUGAUUACUUGAGACAGGGAAACCGUCUCAAACAGCCUCCAGACUGUCUGGACAGCAUCUACGCCCUGAUGUUCUCCUGCUGGCUGCUGAGCCCGAAGGAUCGGCCAUCGUUUGAGUCCCUGUGCUGCGAGCUGGAAAAAGCCCUUGAGGAUCUGCCGGACGCCCAGGACCCAGACGAGAUCCUGUAUGUCAAUAUGGACGAGUCCUCCAUGGAGCUCGGUGCCGUCGGUGGCCGUGACCCCAUUGGGGGGCCGUCCCCUCUCUGCCUAAAGGGCCUGGACUCUGUGACCACAGUGGAGGUCCACCGCCCCAACCGCUACGUGCUCUGUCCCCAACACGAGACUAACCGAGCCCUCUCCGACUCCAUGGAGAGCCUGGACAUGCCGGUGUCGUCCUCCACAGCCACGCUGCCUCUACAGCCGUCCUGCCACUCCACUCCCAACCCCACCCCAGCUCAGACGCCAACUGUUGAGCUGCUGGAGGACAGGGAAGGGUCCAGAAAAACACACUGGCAGUGAUGGCUUCACUCUAAAAACAAAAAACAAAAACAAAACAACAAGACUGGUCGCUGCCAUAGUUUGCCAUUCUUCCACCCCAGUCCAAGAACUAGAUCCAGCCUCUUGCUACUGACUCUCAGAAGCCUUAUGUGCCCCUCCAUACAUAUUUUGCACAAAUACACUCAUACACACACAGCUGACGACAUUCCAAGGAAGUGACGGAUUGGGUUUAUUUCCUUUAUCAACUCCCCUCUCUUCUAAAAUGAGCAGAAUUCCAAGUGAGUUUAAAGGUUCAUGUGUGAUUGCUGUAGUGGGAGGAACACUUGUUACCGACAAUGAACAGUGGGCGAACAAGUUAAGAGCACAUGUUGCCCACACGCACUGCAGCACAAUCGGAAAUUUCAUUCCCAGUCGCUAUCGCAAUAAAAUACCAUAUCCACACAACUACCUGUAAACAGCAGAGUGAUCUCCUCCACGUGAUUAAGCUAAAAGAAUCAAACGUCUCCGUGAAAACCAGCUCAGACACUGCCAGACGGAAUCUACGGCUGAACAAACUCAGGAGCUUGAACUUCCCCGUGAGUACGCGCUAACGCGGAGGCCCCCGCACCCUCUGAUGGAGAAACCUCACCCAGUCCGGCUCCCCUGUGACUUGGGGGCAAAAAAUAACCUGGGGACUGGCAGGGAAGAGAGGUAGCAGCGGAGUCUCUUUCACUGAAGGUAUCCCCUGGUGAAGACAGCUGCCCGCUUGAGGGUUAUAUUGAAGGACAGCACAAAGGACUUUUAGGCUCAGGUGGGCAAGGUUGCCGUCGUGGGGCGAAAAACUUUUUCUUAUCAUGGGCGUCACAGCUUCGCGUGAAAGUAGCUUCAAGGAUCGUGUCAUCCUUCAACUGAAGUUCACCGCGCCUGAAGAUUUUUACCCAACAGCAACAGAAUGAAAUAUGAAUUUAGAAAAAAAAA